AUGUCAAUGCUUGAAUCUCUAUGGGAGAGUUAUAUUGGCACAAAUUUGGUCGGAUCCUACUUCAUUAACAAUCACACAAGAAUUGACACAGCUCAGAACAUGCAAUGCUUUGCUUUUCAAUGUUCUUUCAACACAAUAUCGAAUAGUGCAAUUUACAUAAGUAAAUCCGAUAAUACUACAUUAUUACAUGUAAAAUGUCUUUUCCAAUCAUGUAGAAAUAGUGGAAAUGGAGGAAGUGUUUAUUUUUAUAAUUCAGGGACUGGACCAAUAUUCCAAAUACAGUUUUGUGCUUCAGAAUGCAACUCUAAUGGCGAUGGUAUCUUUGUAAUUUCAAAUUGUCGUGAUUCAAGGUCAUUUGAAGGUACAAUUUUCAAUAGUGGUGAUCUCUCAACAGGCUAUGGACCGAUCACAACUUGGUAUGAUGAUGUUAUUGCUAAAUCUAAUAAUAUAUCAUAUUGUAAAGGUGUCUAUAGUUCUGGAAUUUUUAAUGAACAAUCAGCUAAUCUUUGGAAUACAUCUUAUUGCACUUACUCAAGUGGCAUUGCAAAUCAAUUUGGAGCUGUGAUGUGUUCUGGCAAUGCAGUUGUAAAUUCCUGUAAUAUAAUUAAUAAUUCAGAAUUAUUAGACAGCGAAGGCAUUGUUAAUAAUUACGCAAGAACAUUAACGAUUUCAAAAUGCUGCUUGAUGAAUAAUAAUCCUAAUGGAGUAGGCAAACUCUUCAAAGUAGCAAAUAGUUUAAUUAUUAUUAGUUGUUAUUAUGAUAGCUAUACAUUUUCUGGUAAUUCUCCAACUGUGCAAGAGACGACAUCUAAAUUUAUUAAUGCAUUGUCUCAUUUGUCAACAGCUAAUUGUAUUGCAGUAAUUCCUUUCAUUUCUCAGAAUGAAAAACAUUUGGAAACAGAAGAAAGAGGUUCGUUGCAUAAAGGAGAUGUAUCAGAACUCAUAUUUAUGGCAUUCAUGGCAUAUUAG